UAGUUUUGCUCUUGUUAAUAGGAAGAGUGCGAUUUGGAAAGCGAUUCGAUGAUGUUUUUUGAUGGUGGAGACUAUCGACCCCUGCCCCAUCCUUCGGGGGAGGGAUUGGAUGUGGACGUGCGAAGAUUCGUCAGUCCACACAAUUUGGAUGAUUUUAAAUUUCGAGGCAGCAAGAUGAAGAAAGGCCUCUCGAAGCAGUUCGAACCCUCGACCGGUGCAUUCGAAGGUUUGGACGUUUUUGAAAAUAAUAUCAAGCUUGCUUACAGAAAAGCUGUGAUGAAGGUUCGACCUAUCUGUCAGACGGCCUGCCAACGUUUUAACAGUGAGAGAUUGGUCGAAGAUGUGGAGGAUGAAGGAGUGAACAAUAGUGAGAGCGCGGUUCCUCCACGAAACACCAAAACAGACGAAGACCCGGUAGAGCACGAAGAUUGCGUGCAAGAUAAUCCUGGCCAUUACAGGGAUAGAAAUACAUUGAAGAAAGUCGGGUCGUUCUUUAAGAGCGUGUGGAAACCCGUUAAGAGAUCCGUGCAGAAGGUGUGUAAAAUGGCAAAAAGUGGAGAGUGCGAGUACGUUCUGUUCGAGUAAGGACCUCUUUGCUUCCAUCUGUCCAUCGACAAUAAGAUCCCGCUCUAGAAUAAGAUUUGCCAUAAAUUAUUUGCUGGUUCUGGGCCGAGUUGGCUAAUUAUAUGGUUUUUUUCUGCAAACCAUCGAUGACACGAAUCCUACUCCUGAUUUUGACAUCCCGAUUGCGUCAAUGCGAAUUUUGAUUAUGACUUCCCAAUUUUGACUUUGUCCCGGCUGUGUCUCCUUAUUAAUGUCUUUUAGUGAAUUAUCAUUUUCCCAAAUUGGUCUACACGAAUUUGGAAUCUUGAUCUAUGUCUACCUCACGAAUCUGGACUCUCCCGAAUUACGUCUACCUCGAAUUUGACUCAUAAAACGUGUCUACACUCGAAUUUGGACUCCCCCGAAUUACGACAUCCCCGAAUUUGACUGCUGAAUCAUGUCUGAACUCGAAUUUGGACUCUCCCGAAUUACGUCUACCCCGAAUUUGACUUCGGAAUCCUGUCUAUAUUGGAAUUUGGACUCUUCCGGCUUGUGUCUGUGCUCAAAUUUGACUCCCAAAUUUUUGUCAUCUCUGGAACUUGGACUCUCCGGAAUUGUGUUUUAAUUUGUUAUUGGAACGACAUGCUCAACAAAUUGAUAUUUGUUAUUCAAACACUAGUAAAAAGGAUUAAUUGCAAAACAAAUUUUUUAUACAUAAAAUGUUUGAUAAAUUAAUCUAUUAUUAAUGUUCAUAUAUACAGUAUAUAUUAAUUAAUAAUUCUAAUUUCAAUUAUAAAUUGUUGUAUAUUUAUAUUUGUAAAACAUUAAUAGUAAUUGUUACGGCCUGCCUAUCUCCGAAAUCUUUGCAGAAAUUAAGGCAUUCAAGCGAUAGUCGAGAGCCUCGAACGGUAGGUCUCGCACACAUUAAAAUAUGUGUUUGGACCUAUAUAAAUGUUAUUAAAAGUCUGUUUAAAAAUCCCUCGAUAAAGAAUGAAACUUAUGUAAUUUGUAAAAACAUAAUGUUUGCAAAAAUAAAACAGUUUCUGCAGAUGUAAUCUUUUUCUGUUCUUUCGUAAGCGGAUGAAAAUCUUGCAUUCCUUUUGAGAAAGGAUAAUUUUAGAGAAACAGUUAAAGUG